AAUUUUUUGGUUUCGUUUUGUUUUCAAAUCAUACCUACAAAUUCCAUAAUUGUGGUAAAUUCAUUGGGAUUAUGACGAUAUUGAUCUUUCGCGGAUUUUAAUUUCGAUCAAAAGCUAUAAUCUAUCAUCGAAGCAACGAGCCCAUCAAAUUUUGAAAUAUAUUCUAUACCGGAAAUAAAAAAUGUUAUCGCCUUUUACAAACGUUCCCGUUUUGUCUUUAAAAUAACGAAUUUUGUUCUAAAAUUACGCGUUCUUUAUUCGCAAACCCAAAAAUCGCUGCCUUCUCAUUCGAUAAAAUUAGCUAUUUUUUGUUUGUUUGUAAUUUGACAAAACUAUGGCUACACCACGCGCCCCGCGUUUUAUAGACACCAUUAACACGGAAGAUCCGGAAUACGUCAAGAAUAUGCAAAGGCCGGCGGAUGUUAAGGAAGACAUGAGGGACAUGGACGCCAGGAAACGCGUCUCUGCCGUUCUUAACUCUAGGGCAUUUAAACAAGAUCUGGAGCAAAUUAUAAUGGAACAGCUGAGGGAUGGUUUAGACUACCCUUCAUCCCUCAUAGCCUUGCACCACCUAUCCGAUAUAUUGACCUCUUACAAUCGCUCCCCGGGACCCGACAAGCUCAGUUUGGCCUCUUCGCCGCUAUCGAGCAUGAACGCUCGAAUCCUACCCGUAAACGAUAUCAGGGGAGCCGACUGGAGUCACGUUCCGCUAGGGGAAAAGGUAUUGCGCUGCAAAUUGGCCUCGCUUUACAGGUUAGUCGACGUGAUGAAUUGGGGCCAAAGCAUUUACAAUCACAUUUCGGUUCGAAUAAGCCCAGAUAACGAACACUUUCUCAUCAAUCCAUUCGGUUUGUUGUAUUCGGAAAUAACGGCUUCCAGCCUCGUCAAAGUUAACAUGCAAUGCGAGAUAUUAGAUCCCGGUUCCACCACGUUGGGAAUUAGCAAAGCCGGCUUUUUAAUUCACGGUGCCGUUCACGGAACGCGGACCGACCUCCGAUGCGCCAUUCAUAUUCAUACCCCAUCCGUCGUGGCCGUAUCUUGCCAAUCCAGGGGCCUGCUCCCGUUAUCCCAAGAGGCUUUGCUCUGCUUACCCCUCGUAGGGUACCACGAGUAUCAAGGCAUCGCCCUAACCGAACAAGAAAAGGAGGAUCUUAUCCGGGACCUGGGACCGAGAAACAAGAUCUUGAUCCUAAAGAAUCACGGCCUCUUAGCUUGCGGCUCGACCAUAGAGGAAGCCUUUCAUUAUGCUUACCAUAUUAUGCUGGCUUGCGAAACACAAGUCAAGGCGUUAUCAGUUGGGAUGGAAAAUUUAUCGCUCAUAAACGAUUCGAUGGCCAAGGCCACAUUCGAAACAGCUAACAAGCCCGAUCUGGGCGUAGAUUCGAAAAAUGUCGCGAAAGAAGAUCGCAACGUUAACGAGGACCAAGGAGCGGGUGGAUAUAAAUGGGGACUCGGGGAGAUACUAUUUGAGAGUUACAUGAGAUACUUAGAUACCGCGGGCUACAAAACCGGAUACCCUUACAAGCAUGCUAACGUAUGGAGAGAAAGGGGGAAGAAAAAUUACAAUGACAUAGAGAUACCCCCUUCGGCUUGGUCUUCCAGCUCCGAUUAUUGGGACGAAAAAUUAUUCAAAAUCAGUGACUUCAAGAAAAAAUUGGAAAAAACUCAUUGGCUCAAUUCGCCCAACGCUUAUACCAAAGUGGAGGUUACGGAAAUCGGAACGAAUCAACCCAAGAAGAUUACUAAAUGGGUGCCUUGCGAAAAUGGGGCUCAUCAUUCUACCACUAUCAAGGAGGAAAAGGACCAAUUUGCCCCCACCGGGACCAACAAGAAAGAAUUCAAGAAAUUGCACCAGGACAUAAAGGACAAUAGGAGAAGCGAUAAGUUAGACGGUGGUCCUCAAUCCAAUAUAUUGGAAGGUAGAUCUUGGGAGGAAGUUAAUAAAAUGCAGGACGGAAAAUUGAGUGGAUUGGGUGAUCAAGUCAUUAUAAUGGGAGCUGCUUCCAAGGGGAUCAUAGAGAGAAAUCAUCAACAUAACAGACAAGCCUUUCAACAGGAAUACCAGAAGAAUCCGUUCGACCAUUUAGAUUAUUCUCACCUACAAGAAUAUGAAAGACAACUAUCGGCCCACUCUACCCCUCACAGCGCCGAAAUUUACAACGGAAAUGGGGUUAACGGUUUCGAGUCUGGGAACGGUCCGGGGCACGAUGGUUCAUACUAUUAUACUAACGGGGAUCGUGACGUGAUCGACAUGUCCACCACGUUUCGUUCUACCGAUGGAAGCACCGAUGUUACGCUCGAAGAAAAAUUAAACGAUUCUACCAAUCUUUCCAACGAAAAUCAGCCUUCUCUCAUACCUACCCCGUCUUCCCCGUCCAAAGCGGAAGGCAAAAAGAAGAGCGGCUCCACGGGGUUCAGAACGCCCUCAUUCCUCAAACGCAAGAAAAGUAAGGAGAGACGCCGCCAAGAUACCGCUGUCUAAAACUUAGCGCUUAAACCCCCCCCUCUGCUACCCUAAAAAGAAGAGAAAAUCUCAAUUUUUUUUAAAAAAAAACGUAAUUUUUAUGGUCGUAUUUGCUUUUUUAGCGGGAGAUUAUUUCCAAAAUUAUUUGACAAUAUUUUAUACUUAAUAAUACUUGUGUAUAAAUAUAUCGAAGGCUUUUAUAGUUGAUAAUUUUUUUUAAAAAAAAUAUUUCAUAUUCUUUUAUGAUAUAAACAAGAACCUAAAUUUACCUUAUCAUUCUCAUAAAUUUGUAUAACAAGGAUUUAUUGUCUAUUCCUUAUGAUAAGUAAUUCCUUAAUAAAAUAUCUUUUUUUUUUGCUAAUUCUUGGAACAGAAAAAUAUUUUGAAAUUAUGUAUUUUAUUUCUUUUUUUUUAAAUUCACAAAUCAUUUUUUUUAGACCAAUCAUAUUUUUUUUAUUUACCAUUAUUGUUCCUUUUACAAUGUCAAUCUUUUAAAACGAAGCGAAUAUUUUUGUAAUUAUUCCCCAUAUUUUACUACGCUAUUAUGGUUUAUU